AUGGCUCUUGGAAAUCACUCUGCAGUGACUGAGUUUAUCCUCGCAGGCUUGACAGACCGACCGGAGCUUCAAGUUCCACUUUUCUUCCUGUUCCUAGGGAUCUAUGUGGUCACCAUGGUAGGGAACCUGGGAAUGAUCAUUUUAAUUGGACUUAGUUCCCACCUUCACACCCCCAUGUACUAUUUCCUCAGUUGUUUAUCCUUCAUUGAUCUCUGUCAUUCCACUAUCAUCACCCCCAAAAUGCUGGUGAACUUUGUGUCAGAGAAGAACACCAUCUCUUACUCCGAGUGCAUGGCUCAACUCUAUUUUUUCAUCACUUUUAUUAUUUCUGAAUGCCAUAUGUUGGCAGUGAUGGCAUAUGACCGCUUUGUUGCCAUCUGUAGACCUCUACUGUAUAAUGUCAUCAUGUCCUAUCAAUUGUGUUCCUGGUUGGUGGGUGGAGUGGGUACAAUGGCUGUGGUUGGUGCCACAGUUCACACAGGUUGCAUGCUUAGAGUUUACUUCUGCAAGGACAAUAUCGUUAACAACUUCUUUUGUGAUCUUCUUCCCCUCUUUAAGCUCUCCUGCUCUAGCACCUACAUCAAUGAAGUAGUGCUGCUAGCUUUUAGUUCAUUUAACCUUUUUGUCCCAACCCUAAUAAUUCUUAGCUCAUAUGUUUUCAUCCUCUUCAGCAUCCUCCACAUUCAGUCCAGUGUAGGCAGGUCUAAAGCUUUCAGCACUUGCAGCUCCCAUAUCAUGGCUGUUUCUUUAUUCUUUGGCUCAACUGCAUUCAUGUAUCUGCAGCCUUCUACCAACUCCAUGGACCAGGGGAAAGUAUCCUCUGUUUUUUAUACCAUAGUGAUCCCCAUGCUGAACCCUCUGAUUUAUAGCCUCAGGAAUAAAGAUGUCAAGGUUGCACUGAAGAAAAUUCUAGAGAAAAGGGUCUUCUCAUGA